AUGAACAUAACUAAUCCAUCUGAUGGUAUUAAUGGUUUUGUUCAAUGUACGACAGAUGCUGUCGAUAUAACUACAACCACACGCAAUACAAUUGAAAGACAUAUGCAAUAUUUACCAUAUCCUAAUGAAAAUUUUCAUGAUAAAUGCGAAGAUAUUUCGAUUGAUCAAGAAGAUGAUCAAUAUCCAUUACAACAGAUUUAUUUACGAAGCAAUAAAAUAUUUCUAUCCCAUCAUCCAGUAGAAGUUAUUAACAUAGAAGCAGAAAGAAUCUAUAAUCCACUAGGUGAAUUUCUCAAUCCGUAUUUAUACACAAUAACUAUUCGUUAUGGUUCUAUAUAUGAAUGGACAAUUAAAAGACGUUAUAAACAUUUUCAUGAACUUCAUCAAUCUCUUUUACAUUACAUUAAAUCUGAAUUUAAAAAAUCCAGACACGAUUCCAACAAACAUGAUGAAAAUAAUGAUGAAAAUCAUAAAUUAAUUCAAAAACAACAGCCACGUUUUCCAACUCAAAAUGAUCGUAUAGCAUUCAUCAAUGAAUUUUCUAUCAGAGACCGAUGUAAAGUAUUACAAACCUAUUUGAAUAAAGUUCUUAAACAUCCAAUAUUUCGUGAACAUAUCGCUAUGAGAAUUUUUCUUGAAAUUAGUCCUCUGUCAUUUGUACGAGGACUGGGAAAGAGUUUUCGUGAAGGUAAUCUUUUUAAACGAUCGAAUGAUGAUUAUCGUGGUCGAUCAAUUUUUAUUCGGAUGCUUUUUCAAUGUAAUCCAUGUAAACUUUAUCAUGAUCAAAAAUGGUUCGUUAUUAAAGAUUCAUAUUUUGUAUAUAUACAACUUGAUUCAGCAUUGAUUGGUUUUCCAAUGCUUAUUGAUCAAGAAUUUAAUCUUGAUCGACGUUUUCGUAAGACAAGAACAAAAAAAGGUAUUCAAAUAAAAAAUUCACAACGUCGUAUGAUUAUUAAAUGUCAACGAGAUUAUGAACGUGAUCAUUGGUUUAAUUCUUUAAUGGAAAUUAAGAAUAAAUCGAUUUUUACACAACAACAUUUAUUUGAAUCAUUUGCACCUAAAAGACAAAAACAAUAUGCACAAUGGUUUAUUAAUGGUCAAUCAUAUAUGGAAGCAUUAGCUAAAGCUAUAUUAUCAGCACGUGAAGAAAUUUUUAUUAGUGAUUGGUGGCUUUCACCAGAAAUAAGAUUAAUUCGUCCAUUUCAAGAUGAUUCAAUGCAAUUAGAUAAUCUUCUUGGAAAACGAGCUGAAGAAGGUGUUCGUGUUUAUGUCCUAUUAUUCAAAGAUAUUAUACAAGUUGUUGGUUUAAAUAGUUUACAUUCGAAAAGAAAAUUAGUUGGAAAAAGUCCAAACAAGAAAAAUAUUAAAGUUAUUCGACAUCCUGAUCAUAGAAUUUUACCUGGAACAGAAUCGUCGUUUCUCUAUUCACAUCAUGAAAAAACAGUUGUUAUUGAUCAACGAAUAGCCUUUAUCGGAGGCAUUGAUCUUUGUUGGGGUCGUUGGGAUACUGAUGAUUAUCGAUUGGUAGAUUUAAGUGAUGAAAAUGUUACAGAAUUGAAACUUCCCGAGGAAUUAGCAGAUCAACCUAAAGAGGAAUCUGCAAAAGAAGAAGCUGCCGUUGAAACAACAACGGAAAUGUCAAAAAAUACGAUACCAACAUCAUUAUUCGGUGAUGCAAAUGAUAAACAAGAAGAAUCAAACGAAGCAUCGAAUAAAAAUUCGCAACAAGAUAAUAAUGAAAAUGUAAUUGAACCAAUAGGAAAUCGUUCGAAUAAUACGGAGAAGAAACCUCACAAUGAAUCAAAAUGGCAAAGAAUUUUCAAAAGAAACAAAAGAAAUGAUUCCGAUGAUUCAUCUGCUGAUGAACAAGAUACAUCAGUAUCCGAUGAAAAACCAAAAACAAUUGUUGGUGUUACACCUGUAGUUGAUGAUAAAACUCGUUUCUUUUUGGGCAAAGAUUAUUCAAAUUAUUAUGAAAAAGAUUUUGAAUUUGUCGAAAAAUUUGAUGAAGAUUAUAUUGAUCGAAAACUUUCACCACGAAUGCCAUGGCAUGAUGAAGUAUUAGUUGUUUCAGGUGAAGCAGCAAGAGAUUGUGCAAGACAUUUUAUACAACGAUGGAAUAUACACAAAGCCGAUAAAUUUCGUUUUAAAGAAUCAUAUCCUUAUCUUCUUCCAAAAACAUAUGAUGAUCAAGAACUAUCUGAUAAAUCAUUCCUUCAAUCAAUUCUUCCAAAUGAUCGAUCUCCAAUUUGUAUUGAUGCUCAAUGUGUACGUUCAGCAUCAUUUUGGUCAUGUGGUAUAAAUAAUGUCGAACGAUCAGUUCAAAAUGCGUAUAUUCAUAUGAUUGAUAAUGCGGAACAUUUUAUUUAUAUUGAAAAUCAAUUCUUUGUUACAAUUGCUGAAGAUACAUCAAUUAAAAAUGAUAUUGGAAAUGCACUCUAUCGACGUAUUAUUCGAGCACAUAUAAAUAAAGAAAAAUUUCGAAUAUUUAUUUUUUUACCAUUAUUACCUGGUUUUGCUAAUUCGAAUGCUGUACAAGCUGAACUUUAUUUUAUUAUGAGAUCAAUUAAUAAAGGUGAAACAUCUCUCUAUCAACGAUUAAUACGUGAUGGUGUAUCGAAUCCUGAAGAAUAUCUCACAUUUUAUGGCAUGCGAAAUUGGGAUAUAUUAAUGGGUAGUUUAGUAACAGAGAUCAUAUAUGUUCAUUCAAAAUUAAUGAUUGUUGAUGAUCGAAUGUGUAUUUGUGGAUCAGCUAAUUUGAAUGAUCGUUCAAUGCAAGGUACUCGAGAUUCUGAAGUGUGUCUAGUUGUUAAUGAUAUUGAAAUGGUUGAUUCUUAUUUGAAUGGAAAAUUAGAAAAAGUGGGAAUAUUUUGUUCAACAUGGCGAAAGAAAUUAUUUAGACAAAUAUUAGGUAUUAAAAAUGAAGAAGAAGUUAAUAUUGAUGAUCCAUGUUCGGAUGAAUUUUAUGAAUAUUUUCGUCGAAUAGCAAAAACUAAUACAGAUAUUUAUGAAGAAGUUUUUAAUUCAAUACCUACAAAUAAAAUACGAAAAUUUGUUGAUGUUGAACCGUAUAAAGAAAAAUCAAAAUUAAAAGAAACAGAUCCUAAAACAGCACAUGAAAAAUGUAAACAAAUUCAAGGUUUUAUUGUGGAAUUUCCAAUAGACUUUCUAGCCGAUGAUAUGACGAUGCCUAAAUGGACUACAUCAGAAGGUAUGGCCCCAAUUUCUUUAUGGACAUAG